ACCUGCAACCUCUCCUGCAGCCUGGGGCAAGGCCAGAUCCUUAGCCCACUGAGAGAGGCCAGGGAUCGAACCCACAUCCUCAAGGACACUGUGUGGGUUUCUCAACUCAAUGAGCCACCGCGGGAAUGCCCCCUUAAUUCUCUUCCUUACCUGCCUGCCUCUUCUCCAUUGCUGGCUAUUCUCCUCUUCCCAAUAUUAUCCUCCUCAGCUUUUCUCCUUGGAUCCGUGCGACUAUACGUAGCCUCGGCUACCCGUUAUUUCAGAACCGUGUAGGGCUUGUGUUAGUGGUCGGUUUGCAGCCGAGACAAGGGUCAUUUUAGGGCAGAGUGUGUGUGUGUAUGUGUGGGGGGAGGGUAUCAGAUGGAGGGCCAUGUGGCUGGAAAUGCUACACACUGUCCUGCUGGGCCAGUGUUACAUGAGUGGGUCCUGGUCUCUGCAUGUGCGUGUCAGAAUGUGGGCCUUGCUGAAGGGCUGCCAGUAACAUUUCAGGACGGCUUCCUGAUACGGUGGGAUUUCCUCCAGAUACCAUUGCCCUGGCAAGGUGACCGGGCACAUUGCUUCCUUCUCCUGGCAUAGCUACGGCUGUCAUCCCGAAAAGGGACAGCCGUUGGCAGUGUGGGAAAGCAGCAUGGCCCCCGCUGGGCUUGUGCGAGGAAAGGAGUAGCUUCUUGGGCUUCACAGGUCCCAUUACCGUUUUGGGAGGACUGUCUCUGGUUUCCUGAGACAGUUUUGUGGAAGAGGAUGUGGAGAGGCCCCAUCCUGCCCAGGUGGCUUCUGGUCGCCCUUCAAGUGGGAAAGGAGGGUCAGCGGGAAGGAAGGGAAGGGAGUGGAGUGGCAGCAGACGUGGGUGGGGCUGUGGAGGGGGCGGUCCUGCCUCAAGGCAGGCUUCCCUUUGGCGUGGUGAGGACUGGAAGACAGCAGAAAAGCCUUCACGAUAUCACUCAGCUCAGGACCUUUCACUCCCCUUCUCCGAUGUCAGCAGUGCAGGAAAGAGAUUAGUGAGCUGCAGUGGGAUAAACAUCAGCUCUGAACUCGGCAGGCACAACAAAAGCAGAGGAAAUGGAGGAGCUGGAAGAGAAGGGUGUCAGUCAGGAAGGGUGGGGUGGAUGCCGAGAGCAAGACUUGCAGCAGGAGCUUAGGCACCUGCCGAUGAGCAGAAGCCCCCAGGCAGUGCCCUUGCCCUCUUGGAGGUGUGCUUGACGUAGCAUGUCCCCAUGAGAAAUCCUGACUUCCUGUCUGUUUUAACACCUGCCCUCCCUCACUCUUUUCUCAGUUAACAACAGUUGGUUCAGUCUUAGUUCCAAGACAGGAAAUUGUCCUUGAGCUCUCACCCCCACUGCCCCAUGGCCAUAGGCAGGUCCAGGUGUCUGGACCUUCAGAAUUUACCCCAAAUAUGAUAUGAGUCCUUCUGCCAUGUCUCCCACACCAAUCUUCUCCGCUGGUCCUGGUAAUAUUCUUGCCUCUACCUCAUCCCAUGUCAGAUCUCAUCUCAACAACCAGAAUGAUCUUUAAAAAUAUAAAUUUACCUAAAGUACACCAUAUUUUUCCCCUUAAACUCGUGGCUCAAUAUAAAUUUCAUACCUCAUCUCUUUAAUAACCCGAUCUCCUUUUCUUCGUGAGGAGUGUUUAAGCUCCAUGAGUGCGACAAACUGUUGGAUCUCCCUAAACCCUGUUAUGCAGAAGUUUGCCAGAAAGCCCAAGAGGUCAGUAUAAGAUGAAUAUUGACAUAUUGGAUAAACUUGUGCUGAGAGAGCAAGUGAAUUAUACUUGAUCUCUCUGGUCUGGGAAGUGUUCAUGUAAAUUGAAAGAACUGAUGUGUCUUUUGAAUUAAAUAAGUGCUUUGAUGAUGUAAUGAGCAAAUAAAAAUAGUGAUGUGUUAUGUCAUAAAUUGUGUUAAUACACAAACUCGAUUAGCAUUAUUACAGUGGUCAAAAUAUUUUAAUUUCAUGUUGACUGGGUUCUAGUAAAUACUUUGUGCAGAAAUACUAAGGAAGUCAUUUGUGACAUUAGGUUACAAUAAGAUGGUGACUUCCAUCCCAGCUUUGCUUUCUCACUCUGUUAAAGCAUAGUUUACUCUAUGGAAACCAGCUUCCUGUCAUAAGGCAGCCCAGAGAGAAGGAACAUAGUUAUGUGUUGUGAAGACACUCAGCCUAUCAAGAGGUCCAUGUGAUGAGGAACUGAGGACCACUAGCAACUUUGAGGGAGUGUGGAAACAGAUCUUCCCCUGUCAACCUUGAGAGGACUACAGCCCUAUGUAACAGUCUGACUGCUACCUCUUGAGAGACCCUGAGGCAUAACCACCCAGCCAAGCCACUCCCGGACACUUAAUCCACAGAAACCAUGAACCAAUAGAUGUUGAUUGGUUUAAGCUGCUAAACUUGGAACAAUUUAUUGCACAGCAACAAAAGAGCAGAUCACCUGCUGUUAAUUUCUUGCAAUUUUGAAAGCAACAAUUCCCUGCAAGACAUUAAAAGAAACAACUCUUUAAGGUGGAAGUCUUCCAUAGGAAAAUAUAGAAUGAGUUGCUCAGAGGAGGGGACAGCAGAUGGAGCUGCUGGCAGUCAUUUCAGCAGAUCAAUGGGGUUGUUGAAAGCUGAGUUAUGAAAAGAGCAUUGAACCACAAGUGUAAGAAGAAAACAUGGGAAAUCUUAAGCAAAAAAUGGUAGGAUCCAAUUUAUAUUUUUAAAGAUCAUUCUGGUUGUUGAGAUGAGAACUGACAUGGGAUGAGGUAGAGGCAAGAAUAUUACCAGGACCAGCGGGGUAGGUGCUAUAGUCCUCCAGGAAAGAAAGAAUCAUCACCUGGAGAAGAUUGGUGUGGGAGACAUGGCAGAGGGACUCAUAUCAUAUUUGGGGUAAAUUCUGAAGGUCCAGACACCUGGACCUGCCUAUGGCCAUGGGGCAGUGGGGGUGAGAGCUCAAGGACAAUUUCCUGUCUUGGAACUAAGACUGAACCAACUGUUGUUAACUGAGAAAAGAGUGAGGGAGGGCAGGUGUUAAAACAGACAGGAAGUCAGGAUUUCUCAUGGGGACAUGCUACGUCAAGCACACCUCCAAGAGGGCAAGGGCACUGCCUGGGGGCUUCUGCUCAUCGGCAGGUGCCUAAGCUCCUGCUGCAAGUCUUGCUCUCGGCAUCCACCCCACCCUUCCUGACUGACACCCUUCUCUUCCAGCUCCUCCAUUUCCUCUGCUUUUGUUGUGCCUGCUGAGUUCAGAGCUGAAAUUUAUCCCGUUGCACCUCACUAAUCUCUUUCCUGCACUGCUGACAUCGGAGAAGGGGAGUGAAAGGUCCUGAGCUGAGUGAUAUCGUGAAGGCUUUUCUGCUGUCUUCCAGUCCUCACCACGCCAAAGGGAAGCCUGCCUUGAGGCAGGACCGCCCCCUCCACAGCCCCACCCACGUCUGCUGCCACUCCACUCCCUUCCCUUCCUUCUCGCUGACCCGCCUUUCCCACUUGAAGGGCGACCAGAAGCCACCUGGGCAGGAUGGGGCCUCUCCACAUCCUCUUCCACAAAACUGUCUCAGGAAACCAGAGACAGUCCUCCCAAAACGGUAAUGGGACCUGUGAAGCCCAAGAAGCUACUCCUUUCCUCGCACAAGCCCAGCGGGGGCCAUGCUGCUUUCCCACACUGCCAACGGCUGUCCCUUUUCGGGACGACAGCCGUAGCUAUGCCAGGAGAAGGAAGCAAUGUGCCCGGUCACCUUGCCAGGGCAAUGGUAUCUGGAGGAAACCCCACCGUAUCAGGAAGCCUUCCUGUUAUAUUACUGGCAACACUUCAGCAAGGCCCAGACCCUGACACUCGUAUGCCUAGACCAGAAUCCACUCACCAACACUGUCUUCAGCAUUUCCAGCUACAUGGCCUUCCCUCUGAUACCCCAAACACACCACCCUAAAAUUACCAUUACCCUGUUCAAAGAUGCAAUAGCACAAACCCUACACUAGUUCUAAAACAGUGGCAGCUGAGGCUAUUGACUAGUCACAGUCUUCCCUUUAAAAGAUGAGCAGGAAAUUGCUAAAUAUAACAGAAUAAUCACCAACUGUAAAGUGGAAGGUAGGUGGCUAAGAAAGUGUUUGGAAUCACAAUAUCUUGCUGCUAAAUUUUAAAAAUAAAUGUCAGCAAAGCUAGUGAAGUGUACAUAGGUCCUAAUUAAAUUGUCAAGUUCCCCCCAAAUGCAUAGCAAAAAAUUACAUAUAAAAGUUAGGGUUGACUGAUUCAGGAGGAAUGAUUAAGGAGAGAAAAAAAUCCACAAAUAUCUUUAAGAUAGAGAAUGGGGAGCAAUGAGUGUCAGAACAUUGCUGACACAAUUCCCAGUGAUGAACACCAAUCUGAGAAAACAUUUUCUAACAUGGGAAUGGAUUAAAAAAAUAGAAGAUCGAGUCAAUAUUGAAGAGACUUUCAGACUGUAUCUUGGCUUACAUAAUAGUGGCCACUAAAUUAUAAGUGAGGGCAGGGUGGUUAAAAAUAGUUCCUCGAAGAAAUAAAUCAAAUGGAAUGUUACAAAACGUUCUAAAAUAGAGAAACAGCACGGAAGAAAUCAUAGAUACAUAAAAUAUCAUGAUUCUUUCAAGUAACUCUAUAUUCAUUUUAUUCUGUCCUAGAAAUUCCGUGGUAGAUUCUGUGUCUACCUUUGCUUUUUACUAAAUAUUGUAAUUCCUAAGGCUAUUAAUAAGAAUAGAAAAUUUUAUUCUACAAUACCAAGACUUCUCUAUUAGAGCCAGAGAAUCUUGGAUGACUUCUGGGAGUCUGAGCAGCUGAGGCUCAACCUUCUGCCAUCCACUGAUACCCAGGUAUGAGUUUUCCACAUACAUUUCAAAGAUAGAGAUGACAUGUACAUCAUCAAGUAUUUUACUACAUAUCAUGUACGUGGGCAUACAAAUACCAUGAAUGAUGGAGUUUAAGCCAUAAUCAUGGCCUAAGAUAAUAACCACUUCACUUUGGCCUAGAGGAGCACUACACACACACACACACACACACACACAUGCAGAAAUACAUAAACACAUGAACACACAAUUGAAAGCACAGAGAAACUCUCUCGGAACAAACUGAAAAUCAAAUGACGACAGAAUAAUUCUGAUAUCUGUGCUGGUUGCUUGGACACUGCCUUCAAAACUUUUGCCCAAGUCACAUGCUGUACCUUUUAGAAAUUACACACUAACAACAUCUUAUCCACUCCAUCCUGUUGGGCAAAGUCCCAACUCUAAACUUGUCUAUCAGGUGAGGAGGUCUGUCCUGUAUGGAGCUCAAAGAUACCAUUGUUCUGCUGGUCUUUAUAAAGGAAGCUGCCUGGAUUCUCCCAGGACGGAGCUGAGAACAACUGCAGCGCUUCCUCCAAGAUGCUGCCGAUCCUGCUCUCAGUGGCCUUGCUGGCCCUGAGCUCAGCGCAGGGCCCUUUUUUUGGCAGCAAUGAAGGACCUCCCUACCCCCUAUCAGAUUUAGACAACUCAAACUCAGAUGAGGUGUUUCCAAGACCACCUCCUGGAGGACCACCACCCAGACCCCCUCCUAAUGGUGAAAACCAGAGUGAUGAAUCUCAGCAAAGACCUCCCCCACAAGGUGAUGGACCCCAGCAGAGACCACCCCCACAAGGUGACAAACUUCAGCAAGGACCACCGCCACAAGGUGGCAGACCCCAGCAGAGGCCACCCCCACAAGGUGACGAAUCUCAGCAAAGACCAUCCUCACAAGGUGACGGACCUCAGCAAGGACCACCCCCACAAGGUGACAGACCUCAGCAAGGACCACCCCCACAAGGCAACGGACCUCAGCAAGGACCACCCCCACAAGGUGGCAGACCCCAGCAGAGGCCACCCCCACAAGGUGACAAACCUCAGCAAGGACCACCCUCACAAGGUGACGAACCUCAGCAAGGACCACCCUCACAAGGUGACGAACCUCAGCAAGGACCACCCUCACAAGGUGACGAACCUCAGCAAGGACCAUCCUCACAAGGCGACGGACCUCAGCAAGGACCACCCUCACAAGGUGACGAACCUCAGCAAGGACCACCCUCACAAGGUGAAGAACCUCAGCAAAGACCAUCCUCACAAGGCGACGGACCUCAGCAAGGACCACCCUCACAAGGCGACGAACCUCAGCAAGGACCACCCUCACAAGGCGACGAACCUCAGCAAGGACCACCCUCACAAGGUGGCAGACCCCAGCAGAGGCCACCCCCACAAGGUGACAAACCUCAGCAAGGACCACCCUCACAAGGUGACGAACCUCAGCAAGGACCACCCUCACAAGGUGACGAACCUCAGCAAGGACCACCCUCACAAGGUGACGAAUCUCAGCAAAGACCAUCCUCACAAGGCGACGGACCUCAGCAAGGACCACCCCCACAAGGCGACGAACCUCAGCAAGGACCACCCCCACAAGGCGACGAACCUCAGCAAGGACCACCGCCACAAGGUGGCAGACCCCAGCAAGGACCACCGCCACAAGGUGGCAGACCCCAGCAAGGACCACCCUCACAAGGUGACGAACCUCAGCAAGGACCACCCUCACAAGGUGACGAACCUCAGCAAAGACCAUCCUCACAAGGCAACGGACCUCAGCAAGGACCACCCCCACAAGGUGACGGACCUCAGCAAGGACCGCCCCCACAAGGCGACGGACCCCAGCAAGGACCAUCCUCACAGGGUGAUGGACCUCAGCAAGGACCGCCCCCACAGGGCGACGGACCCCAGCAAGGACCAUCCUCACAGGGUGACGGACCCCAGCAGAGACCGCCCUCACAGGGUGACGGACCCCAGCAAGGACCGCCCCCACAGGGUGACGGACCCCAGCAGAGACCGCCCCCACAGGGUGACGGACCCCAGCAAGGACCGCCCCCACAAGGUGACGGACCCCAGCGGAGACCACCCCCACAAGGUGACGGACCCCAGCGGAGACCACCCCCACAAGGUGACGGACCCCAGCGGAGACCGCCCCCACAAGGUGACGGACCCCAGCGGAGACCACCCCCUCCAAGAGGACAUCGUGUUCGCCGUUCUCCCCCACCUCCUCCUGGAGAACCCCAGGGACCACCGCCUCCAGGCCGGAGACCACAAAGACCUCCCCAAGGCCCACCUCCCCAGGGCCCACCACCCCAGUAAUCUGGAAUUCAAUGACAGGUAUGAUCAAGCUCAUCUUCUCUCAAAGGUCCUAAGUAGUACAGGUCUCAAACUUCAGUGUACUACUGAUUCACCUGGAAAUGAUGAAAUUGCACAAUCUUGGACCCCAGUUCUAAAGAUUUCUAUUCAGAUAUUCUGAAAUAGAGUCGCAAUACCUUGUAUUUUUAAUAUGCUAUCCAAGGUGAUUCUUCAUUUUGAGAAACAUAGCCCCCACCUUGUUCUCAAUAUUACCUGUCUUAAAGUGGGCUGUUAAUGAGCAAGUAGAGUAGUGCUCUGCCUUGGUUUCUCCUCUCCUCCUCUUCAGGCACAGUGACUUCCUAUCUCAAGUUUCUGCUUGACCAGGCCUUUCAGGUCAGUGUCGGUGCUAAAUGAUACUUUAACUUUUAUGCUGCUAAAUUUAUCUUGCUUUUAAAAUAGUGACUUUUGAAUUAAUAUAUGCUCCAAGAGGGAAAAUAGCUAAAGUGAAAAGUAUGAGGCUAACUUAUAGGCAUUCACAUCCCACCUCCCCAGUUCCUUCCCCCAAAGCCACCACAGUUAACACUUUUGAACAUCCUUUGGAAACAUUUAUGCCUUUAUAAGUGUAUAAAUUCUUUUUUAUCCACAAGUGAUACUUUAUUUGCAGAUCUAUGUAUUUCUCAUUUCAAAUAACUUAUUUCUUACCACAGAGGAUCUAUGUAGAUCUAAAUGGUCCUAGCUUUGUUUUCUUUUUAAUUGUAUCCUAUUCCAUUGUCUGGCUGUGCUGUAUCAAUGGACAUUUAGGAUGGUUUCAGUUUUCUGCUAUUAUGAAAUAGAUUGCAGUAACCAUGUUUGUAUAUUUUUCUUUGAACACUUUAAAUAACUGUGAGAUAAACAACCUAAGAAGGAUCUUUUUUAUUCAUCUUGUAAGCAACAAUUUAGAAACCCAUUAUCUAUAAAGUUCAUAAAAAUUAUAAACCAAAAAAAUUUGGAAUGGAACAGGACAGAGAGGAGGAAGAGAGGGAGAAAAAAUGGGCUCUCACCUGCUUCCAUUCAGGAAGAUUCUGUUAUCUGCUGGGAAGAGAUAACCACCUGCCAAGCCUCUCCAUACUUUCUUUUUUAUUUUUCAGAAAAUGAAUAUGAAGAUACCAGUUCUUCAGAAAGCCCUGACAUUGGACCAUGGCAGUCUAUCUUCAAUUUACCAAUAAAAUAAUUUGCAAAUUUGCAUCCAA